AUGCCUUCCCGCCGAUACCGUCUAGGUGACAGUGGCAGCACUCAUGCCUUGUACCUCGAAACUAUAGUCGAGGAGACGAGCGAUGACUUGCGCUCUGAACGAUCUUCAGCUGCAACAUGGCUUUCAGAUUCAGAUGCAGAUUCCGUUAUACAUGUGCGUGGAGUUGGAGGGUCGGAGUGCGACAGCGAGUCCGAAAGGGAGUGGGCGUGCCCCGCUAAGCGGCGGCGCCGGGAGCACGCCAACUCGCCCACGAGCACCGGCUCCCUCUCGCGCUCCUCCAGCCUAGCGCAGUUCGAGUCGUUGGAGCGCUCGUGCGCCGCGCCCGCCUCGCCCAGCCUGUCACCGGACUCGUUGGAGUCGCCGCCGGCGUCGCCCCCGCCCGUGCGCGCGCCCGCACCCCGCGCCCACCUCUCUGCCGAAAACCUAAGCGAGGACAGCGGCUACAGCGAGCGCGCGCGCCGCCCGCCCCCGCCGGCCAAGCGCGCCACCGAAAUAGCACGCGGGCCCGCGGCGGCCGGCUCCGUGCCCUGCCUCGCGUCCGCCAGUGCCGCCCGGCGGCCGGCCCGCGCCGCCCGCGCCCUCUCGCUGCCCGCCGAGCUCGACGUGUGCGCCGAGCCGCGCCGCCACGCCGCACAUCGCGCACGUUUCCGACAAGCGUUCGAGGUCUCUGACUGCCUCACCGUCAGCGUGGCCGACCUCACGGCGCUCGACUACCGCGGCGGGGCGCGGCGCCCGCGACUCCCGCCGCCCCCGCCGCCCCCGAGGGCGCCGCGCUACCCGCCCCCGCCGCCCCCCGCCGAACCCGUAGCCCGGCAACCACCAGCGCCCGCGCAACGGGAGCCCAGCGCCGACAGCGACUCCACGACCGAAUCGGAGAGGGCUUUUGCCCGAGAAAUGGAGUCCACCGUCAGACGGCUCGAUGAAGACGCCAUGCGAGCGCUCGCGGAGUCCGGUGACUUCGAUCGGGGCCUGUCCGUACUGACCGCGAAAAGGUUGCGCGACUCAUGGGGCGCGUGGGACGACGUACUCGACGAGCUGCGACGACGGAUGGAGCCCCCCUCGGCGACGCCGUCGCCGCCGCGCACACCCUCCCCGGACCCCGUCAGGGAGCCCGCAUUCUCGUCGACGCCGCUGCGGCCCUCGUGCGACGCGCGCGUCCGCUCCACGCCGGAGCUGAGGGCGCGCGCCACGCCGCACCGCGAGACCCCCGAGGAGCUGCGCGCCUCGCUGCAGUUGGUGGCGCCCCCGCCCCCCGGCGGAGCGCCCCCCGCGCGCUCCGUUUCCACCGGCUCCAAGGGCGUCACGUUCUCACCCGUCGUGGCCGAGGUGAGCUGGCGCGAGGCGAGCGCGAGCGGCGUCUCCUCCGACGGGUCGAGCGAGAGCGCGGCCACGAGCGCGAGCGACGACGCGGCCGACGCGGAGGUGGUAGUGGUCGCGGUGGAGGGGGCAGGCGAGGGAGCGCGCGCGCCGGCCCCGAGCUCAGAGCGCGCCGGCGACAUGACGGAAGCGGGCGCGCGCGCGCCUCGCGGCCGCAUAGCGGGCUUCCUGUCGCGCUUCGCGAACUUCCGCUUCUCGGGGCGCAAGGAGAAGAAACCUCGGGGCGCAGGCGCGGCGAACGGGCGGGUGGGCGGCGGUGGCGGCGGCGGCGGCUCUGCGGCAGACGCGGGGCAGGGAGCGCGCGCAGCGGCCGCCGGGGCGCAGUACGUGCGCAUUCCGCUGAAGGAGGAGGGCGUGCCGCGUGCGGCGGCAUCGCCCGCGGCGGGCGGCGUGGCGCACAAGCCGCCGCGGCCGCGCCCGCCGCCCGCGCCCGCGCCCGGCGUGCUGGAGACGGACGUGGACACGCAGCGCACCGUGCUGCACGCGCGCUCGCUGCUCGCCCUCGCGCCGCCCGACCAGCGGGCGCCCAGGCCCCACAAGUCCAUGGAGUUCCUGCUCGACAAGGACAGCGCGCAGACCGUUCAGGUUACGACAUCACCAUUUUCGCACGCGAGCCCCGAGGUGAAAGUGCGAGCAGCUGCUUAUGGUCUAAACACGGUGCCUACGCCCGACGAAUUCCCCGCGCACCAGACCCCGCAG